GCUGCCGACAUAGGUGCUCAGUCUGGUUCUACGUGGCUCUGGUCUUGGGGGUCCUUGUACUCAUCCUGCUGGGCACCACAGCUGUACUGGCCAAGCAAUUUUUGAAGGGCAGAGCAGGAAAAUCAGAAAGACUGUCCCACUAUGGUCUAAACAGCACUGGCAAUCACAGUUCUUCAGAGAAGACUGUCUCGGCAGUGCUCCUGAAAUGGCUCAUGGAGGAGCUAUGUGAAGAUGGACAGGGAACAACAUGUGAGCUGUGUCCUCCUGGUUGGCAACUACACAGGGGCAGAUGUUACUACUUCUCUGAGGAGGCUGUAAGCUGGGAUGACAGCCAGAGAAACUGCCUGGCCAAGAAAUCCCGCCUCCUUGUAAUUGAAGAUGAAAUUGAGAUGGAGUUUAUAGACAAUAAAGAGAAAGAUACCAAAUAUAUCUGGAUUGGGUCGAAGGUUCCAGAUGUGAAAAAACAAUGGCGUUCUGCUGAAGAUCAUAGAAUAAGAGAAAACAGGAGAUCUAUAAACAGAAUUGAGACUGACAAGAACUGUGCUGUCUACAGAAGAAAAAACAUGAUCCAAGCAGACAACUGCCAGACGUUGAAGAAGUGGAUCUGUAAGAAGAAUGCAACUUUGUUGGUGCUCUGA